AUGUUCUUCAAGUUGCCUGCCAAAUGCAAUGAAGUCGUUGACUUGUGUGGUCGUUGGAGGCGGGAACGUCUUCGGGGUGAUAUAAACGACAGUCAAAAAGUAUGGGAGCUGAAGAAGAUUAUUAAAGAUGCGAAGAUGUACAGCUUUCCUUCGGACCAAUUAACGUUGUACGUCGCGAAGAAGAGCGGCAGCUGGCUUAAGACGGACGAUCCUGAUGUGACGAUGUUGGAGAAUGAUGACGUUCCCAUAGGAAUCAUCAAUAAGAAGGAAAACAAAAUGGAUCCAAGUUAUCGUGUACGCAACACAGUUUUCGGUUUGCCCAAUGAAGACGCCGCUGCAGAUGGUGAAAAACCACGUGCUAGUGAAAGUACCAGAAGCUACGGUUGA